CCCCUAGUGAGGGUCGGCCCGGCCCGGCUCGGCCCGAUUCGGGCUCAGCCCGGGAUCGCAGCCCCGGCCCGGCGGAGGGCGGGGGCCCGGCCCGGCCGCGCCUCCUCGGUGCCGCACGGCCAUGGCGGGGCUGGAGGCGCUGUACGCCUCGGCCCGGGCCGCCGUGUCCCGGCCGCAGGAUGCGCUGCUCUGCGGCCUCCACUGGGAGCUGGUCCGGCACGGCUACCGCUGCCUCGGCGCCGGGGAGCAGCCACGUCCUGAUGAAAGAAAGUCGGAGCUGCUGCCUGCUGGCUGGGAAGCCAACAAGGAGGUGUACACGCUGUGCUACAAGUCCACAGAUGAUGCCCGUGAGCUGCUGCUUAAGGCCAUCAUGGUGGAGGACAGUAUGAUCGUUAAUGUCAUGGAUCGCACUUCUCAGAAGGUGGCGGACGUGACCUUGGCGGUGGCCGACUACAUCAACCCAGAGCACCUGGAUGAUUUCCACAAGGUGUACAAGAACAUGGAGGAGCUGAGGACGAGGAUCGCUUCGGGUAUCAUCGCUCCCCUCGGAGGCCCUGCAGAAAAGGACAAGAAGGAGCCCGAGGCAGAGAAGGACCCUGUCUUGCCCAAGGAUUUCGACCCCCUCAGGGCUCCUCCUCGGCAGCCUGCAGGCACGAGGGCACCGUCCUGGCCUCGUCCUUCGAACCCCUUUGCCGUCGGUGGGGAGGACCUGGACCCUUUCGGAGGCCGGAGCGGGGGAAUGAUCGUCGAUCCUCUCCACUCCGGGUUCCGGCAGCCAGGCAUUGACCCGUCGACAGGUCUGCCCAGCCGCCUUCCCCCGGGAGCAGUUCCACCAGGAGCCAGAUUCGACCCCUUUGGCCCCGUAGGGGCUGGCAGGGGCAGGCCUGAUCCCGACCACCUCCCCCCUCCGGGCUAUGACGACAUGUUCAUGUGAGGACUCACCAAGUGGCUUCUCAGCUGGCUGCAGCCAGAGCCGUCUGCCGGGGGGAGCAGGAGCACUUUCCCCUCUUCGCUUCCCUCUUUGGUGGACUUUGAUCUUUCCAGCAGCCUUUUUCCUCUCCUCGCUCGGGGCCACGUUCCCGUGCUUCGGACUGGCUAUAAAGGUUUCUGUACGUGCAGAACAGAAGAGGGGCAGUGGGUCUGUUUCUUUCCGUGCUCCUCCGAGGGUACCCGGCUGUGGGCACGCAGCAGGCGUGGGCCUGCCCUGUGCGAGGGCAGCGUGGGGAGCGGCGUGGCGUGCCGAGAGCAGCCCCGGGCUGUCAGGUUCCCUCCGCUCUUUCUUUGGGGUGGCAUCGCUUUCGCUGCUGGGGCUACGCGUGCAGUUGGUGCUAGGGGAACCCGCAGGAGGUGUGGAGGGUGCCCGUCUGGCACCGUGGGGCUGCCGUGGGAAGGAGGGGGCUUGGCGCUGGCGUGGCCACCGGGACCAGCGUUGGCUCUCUGGGCCUGGAGGAGCUGAAGGAUUUGGGGUUUGCUCUGCAGCAGGGCUGUGUAGGAACACAGCUCCCCGCUGUCAGUCCCGUGGCGUGGGGCCGGUGGGGUUGUGCUCAGGUGGACUCUGCUGCCAUUCACCAAACAGCGCGGGGAGGAAGGGUGAGAUCUGCACGGCUCUGGCUCCACAGCUCUUUCUGGACCCCCCUCUCCCAUGUCAGGUAGUUUGGGGGCUGCAGUUUGCGGGGUUCAUCCUGUUCUCGUGGUUUGAUUUCUUGGAUGUUAGAGUUUGAAAUAAAAACCUGACAACAACGGUGUGUU